UGCGAGAUAGGUGGGGGGAGGGGAGGGGAGAGCCCGAGCGCUGGAGUUGGUGCUGGGAAACCCGGGGCUAAUGUUGACAACAGGCUCGAGAUUGUUCUGGGUAACAUAAUGCCAGCUGAGCGUAAAAAGCCAGCAAAUAUGGAGGAAAAAGAAACUUUACUAAACAACAAGGAAAAAGACUGCGGUGAAAGGCGGCCAGUGAGCAGCAGGGAGAAACCAAAAGAUGAGAUCAAGCUUACUGCCAAGAAGGAGGUUAUUAAGGUCCCUGAAGAUAAAAAGAAGAAACUGGAAGAAGAUAAGAGAAAAAAAGAAGACAAGGAACGAAAGAAAAAAGAAGAAGAAAAGGUGAAGGCAGAGGAAGAAUUAAAGAAAAAAGAGGAAGAAGAAAAAAAGAAACAUGAAGAGGAAGAGAAAAAGAAGCAAGAAGAGCAGGCAAAACGUCAACAAGAAGAAGAAGCUGCCCAGUUGAAGUAA